AUGCGGCCCUCUCCACGGUGGCCCACCCACCUCGCGGCCCUCCUCCACUGUGAUGGAACCGUGCAUGUGGCAAUUCCUGGGCUCCGGUCCAGCCGGAGCGAGCGGGACGUCUUCUCGAACACCGUCGCUUUGGAGCCCCUUUGGCCCUGGCGCACCGUACCCCUGCUCUUGAUAACCAAGUUAUCGUUUUCUGCCCUCGCUUCGUCUGGUCAGUCCAGCUGUCGGCUCAUGUCCAACCAUCGUGACGGUCAGCCCUCAGGUUUGCACCCAAUUGACCACCAAUUGGUACAAGGAGGCCAGCCAGUGUUCCAUCUCUGCAACUCCGGCCCGGCCGCCCUUUCCGACGUCUUCUGA